UCUCCGAGUUGCAACUUCACGAGCAUACAAGAACAGAGACAAAUUCGCGCGCCCACAGCCCUGUCGUCAUGGCCGACACGGCCAUAGCCCCUCUCCUUACUAGCCACAAGGCCAAGCUGAGGCUUGCGAAGGAGCCGUCCAUCGACGACACGAUCGAGACGUACAUCGGCGCCACCGGCGCCAUGCAGCUGUUCAAGGCCAUUCUGCUGGCCUUCGCGUGGGCCUUCGACGCGCAGCAGGUGUUCAUCUCCGUGUUCACGGACGCUGAGCCGCAGUGGCACUGCACCACCGGCUCCCCUGCGGCGUCCUGCUCGCCGGCCGCGGCCUCGCCGUGCGCGCUCCCGCCCGGCGCGUGGGCGUGGGACCGCCCAGCCGAGACGUCGGUGGUCUCUGAGUGGGCGCUCAAGUGCGCCGGCCCGGCGCUCGUCUCGCUCCCGGCGUCGUCCUUCUUCGCCGGCUGCCUGGCCGGCGGGUUCCUGCUCACCACGCUCGCGGAUUCGCUCCUCGGGCGCAAGACGAUGCUCCUCGUGUCCCUGGUCUCCAUGUCCGUCGCCGGCGUGCUCACGGCCUUAGCGCCCAACGUGUGGGCGUACGCCGCGCUGCGGUUCUUGUGCGGAUUCGGCAGGUCCAUGGUGGGCACGUGCACGCUGGUCCUGUCCACGGAGCUCGUCGGGAAGAGGUGGCGCGACACGGUGAGCGUGGCUGGGUUCUUCUUCUUCACCAUCGGAUUCCUGUCCCUCCCGGCGCUCGCCUACACGUUCCGAGAUGCGUCGUGGCGGAACAUGUACUUCUGGACGUCCGUGCCUUCCCUCUGCUACUCCAUCCUGCUCUACUUCCUCGUCCAGGAGUCGCCGCGGUGGCUGCUGGUGCGUGGCCGGAAGCAGGACGCCAUCGAGACGCUGCAGCAGAUCGCGUCGCUCAACGGCAACAGCAUCACGUCCAGUUUCUCGAUGCUGCACGCGUGCACCAUGCACGAGGACGACGGGGCCAGCGGCGCCGGGGGCGUGUUCGCCACGCUGCAGACGAUGUGGGAGCGGCCGUGGGUGCUCCGGAGGCUGGCGGCGAUCAUGGCGGCCAGCUUCGGCGUCGGCACGGUCUACUACGGCAUGCCGCUCAACGUCGGCAGCCUGGGCUCCAACCUCUACCUGAGCGUCACGUACAACGCGCUGGCCGAGCUGCCGUCGUCCAUCCUGGCGUGGCUCUUCCUCGGCAGGGUCAACCGGCGGAGCUCCGUGGUCGCGCUCACCGUGGCGGCGGGUGCCUUCAGCCUCGCGUGCGUUGCCAUCCCGCCGGGCUCGGCGGCGCGGAUGGCCGCCGAGAUAGUCUCCUUCUUUGCGACGUGCACGGCGUUCAACAUCAUCCUGAUAUACUCCAUCGAGCUGUUCCCGACGUCCGUGCGCAAUUCGGCGGUGGGGCUGGUGCGGCAGGCGCUGGUGCUGGGCGGCGUGGCGGCGCCCGUGCUCGUCGCGCUGGGCCGCGAGAGGAGCUUCUGGUCAUUCGGCGUGUUCGGGCUCGCCAUCGGGUGCUUCGGGCUCUUCGCGGCCUGCCUGCCGGAGACGAGGGGGAGGACCAUGUCGGACACCAUGGAGGAGGAGGAGCACAAGGAAGCCGCUGUCGCGUCCUGCACCGGCACAGCCGCCAUUGGCACGAACUGUAACAGCGACCUCGUGUAGUGACGUUCUCGCUGUGAUAUUUUUGGCCGCGUGGUUAGAUGUGCCCAUCCACUGGCUGGUCAAGCACGAAGCUGUCACUCCAGUGAGCUGUUGUAAACUUGCUGCAUAUAAUUCAGUUUAAAAAUUCAUUGUACAA